CACGUGACCAUCCCGCCUCCCCUGCUCUUCUUCUUCAGUCCGGGUCUCUUUGUUGUGGUCGCAGCUGCCGCUUCGCUCUGCGCGCCGCGUCUCGCCCCUCACCGCCUCCUUGCCGCGCGGCGGACGCGCAGCCGGAGCGCCCCGGUGGUUUGCGGGUCUGUGCGGGAGUGACAUCAGAUCCGCUGUGAGAGACUCGGAGUUUGAGCGGCGGAGGCUCGGACUGAGGAUGCUGCUGCCGGACCGGACCGCCUCUGAGGCUUCCUGAACCCGGAAUCCCGCAGGAAUCAUCGCUCCUGCUCCGCCUCAGACCUGAGCGGCGCUCCGCUGCCUCUCUCCCGCGUUUGGAGCUCCUUCUUUGCGGGACGCGCCGUCAGGACAGCCGCGUUUCUUCAGGAAUUACGCCGAACCGAACCGAGCGGACUGCGGGCUUCGGGUCUCCUCCAUGAUGCUGACGGGCCCUGGGAGGUGCCGCCGGCGCCCGGGCGGGGCAGUCCGGUGCCUGGUGUCCGCCUGGCUGCUGGCGCUGCUGCUGGCCGGGCCGGAGGUUCGGGCUUCCUACCAGCCGCAGAGCGGGGAGUGCAAAGGCAGAGGCAAGGAGUGUUCAGAUCUGUCAGAGAAGAAGAGCGACCUGAGAGUCUGCGACGUCUCCACCUGCCGAUACGGAGGCGAAUGCAAAGACGACGGCGCGCAGCUCAAAUGCGUCUGCCAGUUCCAGUGCCACAAAAAUUACAUCCCGGUGUGCGGUUCUAAUGGAGACACCUACCAGAACGAGUGCUACCGACGGCUGGCAUCCUGCAAGCAGCAGAGAUCCAUCUCCAGAGUCCAUGACGGGCCAUGCUCCGCCGAUCCCGGUUCUGGUUCGGGAGACGCAGACGACGAUGAGGGCUCAGCCUCCGACGUCGGGAAGAAGUUCACCAAGUGCAGCACCUGUAAAUAUGGAGCCGAAUGUGAUGAAGACUCCGAAGAUGUCUGGUGCAUAUGCAACAUUGACUGCAGCGGCCACAAUGAGAACCCGGUCUGCGCUACAGACGGAAACUCGUACAACAACCCGUGCCUGGUCCGGGAGGCUUCGUGCAUGAAGCAGGAGCAGAUCGACGUCAAGCACCUGGGACGCUGCCUCGCGGAUAAAGAAAAGCUGGGGAAGAAGGACGACAGCAGCCCCUUCAAAGUCAACGUCUUAGAAACCACGGGUCUGGACCAAGGCGAGGGUUUCUACGCCGGCAUGCCGAUCCCCUGCGCCGACAGCUACGCCGGAUUCUGUGUCCAUGGGAAAUGUGAGAUCAAGUACAACAUGGCCACCUGCAGGUGUGACGCCGGAUACAAAGGCACGCAGUGCGACGAGCCGCAGGACUUCAACAUCCUGUACGUGGUUCCCAGCGGACAGAAGCUGCACUACGUCCUGAUCGCCGCCAUCAUCGGAGCCGUGCAGAUCGCCAUCAUCGUUGCCGUGGUGAUGUGCAUCACCAGGAAAUGUCCGAAAAACAACCGCGGCCGCCGGCAGAAACAAAACCUCGGCCACUUUUCCUCGGACACAAACUCCCGGAUGGUAUAGCCUCGUUUCCGGACGCUUCUCUUUGAUAAGUAUUUUUCUUAUAAGGCGGGAAUGCCGAUUUUUUUAACAGUAAGUGGGACAUUUUUUUUCUCCUGGGGGAAAAAACAAUAAAAGAAGAAUAAGAAUAUUUAUUUAAGAGGCCUUAUUUUUCCUGGUGGAUUUCAAUUUUUCUUUUCCAAGCAGCUGAAUCAACACAACCGCCUGCAUUUUGUUGAAAUCUUUUCGGUAAGCUGGCUAGCGUCUGCCCCUCUGGAAUGUGAUAUUUAUUGAUUUUUACCCAUGAAAAUCUUUUCCCCGCCUGUUCAGCUCCUUCUGAUCGUCCAGCUGAUCAAAAACUUUGUUUGUUUUUAAAGUUUUGAGGCGCCGGCCAGUCCAACAGAUUCUUUUGCUCUUUGGUUUGAAAAUCUCUUUUAAGGCUUCAGUUUAACUAAGCUAAUAAUUUAUAAGGAUUGUUUUUGUUUUUUUAAAGUAAUUUUUACUGGAGGUUUUUACGUUGGCUUUGGUUCUGACUUGUAGUUCUUGUAAAUUAGCAUGACUUGUGAAAACUGUGUACUGUGGUGUAGUUUAAACUUUUUACCAGGAAACAUUUUGGACUCCGUCUGGUUCAUCUUCGUCCCGUCGGUUCUGAACGGAGAACCUGGCGCUCGGUGUUGAAACGAUGAAUGUGGGGUUUUUGGAAACGCCAGGACCUGCGGAGGACGAGUUUAUUUAUCGGCUCAGAGGCUGGAAGGUUUCCUGCAUCCUUGUUGGUAUAAACAGGGAGCUGAAGAUUAUAACCAAGGACUUUUUGACAUGGAGGAAGUCUAGGCUCUUUGAAUGUUGUGAAGAGGUUUUUUAUUAUUUUAAUUUGACAUUUUCUUCUCUGUGACACAUUCCAAGCACAUGGAAACCCACUGAGAAAUUCCCUUUGGGGAUAUGUGAAGCCCGCUCUGCCGUUCCAACGGUUCCUGCUGGUAUAAACAGGAAUAAAAACGUGUCUUUAAGAUGUUAGUGGUGUGCAGGUAACUUACUGCCUUUUAAUUUUUAAUUUAAUUAAAAUUUUUGUCGUAUUAACGUUUUGAAGUCUUGAGGCCAGUCCUUGGUUUCUGUGUCAGUAUGUCCGUAACGAUCCGAACGGGUCAGUCUGAUGUAAAUCAUUGUCCUUUUUCAUGUUGUUCCCAAUAAACAAAAGUCAGACAUGUCA